CCAACAAAACUGAACGUAUAUAAAGAGCUCCUGUAGUCAAAAACAGUUGGCUUUUUUUACGUGAAGCCCACACCACAAACAUAUAAGCCCUUUAUUAUAGUAUAUCAGGUCAUCAUCGACAACAACAACAAACUACCCGACCCUAUCUCAUACACACAACUGGUCCCGAAGUUAGCCGAUUGAUCCGAUGACGGCUACAUCCAAUGUGUAUAAACUUUACCGUACGGUCAUCGACGAUGUCCUUAACGGCGUACGGGAGGCCUUUCUGGACGACGGUGUCGACGAACAAGUACUGGCCGAUCUGAAACAAAUGUGGGAAAAAAAGAUUACCGAAACMAAAGCCGUAGAUCCGACGGCCAAAGAUCCGGAACCGGCGCCGACGGCCAGCAAAAAUUCGAACAGACAUAACAAUUCGGGCGGCGGUGGCGGUUCGUCACGUAACUCGUCGCAGGCCAACAAAGAUAAGGAUGCGGCCCUGCUCGGGCGGAGGCGGCCGCCGCUGCUGCUCUCCCAACAGUCAGCACCAUCGGUACCGGCCGGUCAGUUAACGCAAUCACAGCCGUCGAUAGUGGCCACGGCUGCGGCACAUCUAACAAUGCAAUCACAUGUCCAGCAGCAGCAGCAGCAGCUGCCGGCCCAACCACAACAAACCCUACACUCCUCGCAAACAACAACAACACCAGCAACACUAGUACCCCAUCCUCCUCAGCAGCCGCAGCAGACAGUGGUCACCGGUAAUAUACAUCACACGUUGCCUAUACAUCACGGCCCGGGCACUGGUGUUGGUGUUGGCCAACAACAACAAACAUUGCAUAUACAACCAAACGCCCACCAGAAUAUUAUAUUGGGUCAGUCGGGUAUCAACUAUACGACAACUACCGGUACUACUAGUGAAUCGAGUGAUGGCCGCAGCGGUGUACCGACACAACAACAACAACAGCCGAAAAUGUUGGUCCUCCAAAACGGUGGACAGCAUAUACUUUUCUCACAUAAUGUCCUAAAUCAACUACAAUUUCAGCAACACUUGGCUGCAGCAGGAGGUGGUGGUGGGGGUAUCGGUGCCAAUGUCAUACAGCCAUCAGUUGUCCAUCACACUAAUAAUAUCAAUUUAGCACCGAAUACGACCAUACAGUACGCGACGGCUGCCGGCACGGCCGCAAAUACCAUACGACAGGCACCGCCAUCGGCGGCUGCAAUUGCAGCCGCUGUCGCUGCCCGUAACAACACCACCGCACAGUCGUCGACGGCAGCGGCGGCGGCUGCCAAUCGAGUUGUCCAAUUGGACGGCGCUCACGAUACCAGCGACGAAGAUGACGACGAAGACGAGUACAGAGACAACGAUGACGAUCACGACGAUAAUGACGAAGAAAUCGAUAACGACGAUAAUGAUGGUCAGGGAGAGGACGAGGAACCGUUAAACUCUGAGGACGAUGUCAGCGAUGAAGAUCCCACCGAACUGUUCGAAACUGAUAAUGUAGUCGUCUGUCAAUACGAUAAGAUAACCAGAAGUCGUAACAAAUGGAAGUUUCAUCUGAAAGAUGGUAUUAUGAAUCUUCAGGGAAAAGAUUAUGUAUUCCAGAAGGCUGUCGGCGAUGCCGAGUGGUAGAGGACUAGUAGGAGGAGGAGGAGGAGGAGGAAUGGGAGGGUAUAGGAUCAGACAGAUAGACAGACACACACAUAGACAACUCGGACACCACUACUACYACCACCACCACCACUACCAACACAACCUCAUUAUAAAUGACAGUACAGAUAGACCCCCGAAAAAAAAGAGAGAGACAUAUAUCAUAUCUGUGUGUCUUUUUGUUUGUUUGUUUGUUUGUUUUAAUUAAAUUAAUUAAUUGUUUAUUACUAUUGAUUUUUAUAAUUAUAAAUA